AUGUUAAUCUGCGAGCUGAUCAUGAAUGGAGUUGGGCCGCUGUCGACCCGGCAGAUUCUGUUGGAUGCUGGUGAUACUCCACCGCCAGUGCAGUGCAUGCGAACUCUAUAUAGUAAGGCCGGCAACUGUGCAACAGUGCCCACCAACCUGAGUUUCUUGGCCAGCGGCUACUCGCACGUCGACUACCGUGUUGUGUACACCUAUGCGGAUGGCACCCGCUCCCCUCCCGGCACCUGGGCCAUGUCGCUCCUAGAGUGCCCGUAUUGUGCACCCUGGGUGUACGUGGAGUUCUCUUCACCCAUCGCGACACUGUUGGCUGGUGGGCCGCCUGGCAAGCCCCGCACUGGCAUUAUGCUUCAGCGGUCUGGCGCCGUCACAUGUGAUGGCUCUCCUCCGGCUAACCGGGAUACAAACAACGCCUACAUUGACAUCGUCCGUCUUGACAGCAUGGAGGAUUACUGGGAUGAACCAAUGCUUCAGGGCUGCCAGAAGGUCUCCAACAGUAGCGUCAAGUGUUUAGAUUUAGUGUGGGUGGACCACCCACCCGCGCCACCUGUGUCUGCGUGGCGCUGGUCAGGCGGCAGCACUGCUCCCACGCCAAUUUACUCAUCCCUUGGCAACUCUACACCGGCCCUGGCCUUGAAUGGUGUAGGCGGAUUUAAUGUGAGGUACUCCUUAUUGUACGAAUUCAGUUCCGGGUACCGCAGCAUGCCGUCACCGAACAUGCUGUGGGCUGCACAUGCCAGCAAGUCACGGCCCUCCGUCUUCGUGGAAUUCUCUGUGCCGUUGUCGCUGGGCCAGGGUGACAGUGUGGUGCUGCAGCGCUAUGAAGAGGAAUGGGGACUGGUUGAUGUGGACCGUAUAGGGAGCGCACAAGCCAAUGGCACGUCCUGGCUGUCGUUCACGGACUCGUUACCACCAUUCUUUGGACCUUAG